UGAAAACUCGCAGUUCCACUUUUCUAGUUUCUCCUCGGUCCGUCUCUCUUGGCCCCCAGAUGCCCGAGUGGUGGAGUGAGUGUAAAGGAAAACACGAUUUGGCGGUAACCGGGCCCGUUUCGGCUCGAUUCGGAACUCUUCGGUGGAAAUCACCAGCACUAGAAACGGAACGUCGCAAGUGUACGACGCGUAUAGCGAUCUCGACCGGCGCUCAGGGCAUUCUGUACUUCUGACGGCACUAGGCUGGCGGUCGCCGGCCGACACGGACCUGACGUAUUCGUAUCGUGCCAUUUCAAUUACCAUUGUAAACAAACUAUUUGACAGAAACCUCACUGUUUAUUAAUUAAACUGAAUGUUUGGACGAAUAUCUACAGCAAAAACUGUUUGACAGUUGUGAAAAAUUUAAGCUUACCCGCUAUCUCGCAAAUCUAUACGGCCGGCCUCGUGGAAUUUAGUGGAAUUGCAGUAAUAACGCCAGGUUAGAAGGCGUAUUUUGGUGUGCAGUGUUUAAGUGAAAGGAGCUUGGUUAUUGCGGUAUUGUUUAUGAUUCGGUGAGUAACUGUUACGAAGAUCGUUGAUCAUCUACCCCGUGUGACGUUGGACUUGGGUCGUGUGUGAACACAGAUAUGCUGGACUUGGGCAUGAAGAUGAGCAAUUAGUGCCUUUGGAAGAUGUUAACUCAACUGUCUUUAUAGAUUUAUCUUCAAUAUCAUCACCCACUCGUACAUGAUCAUCUAGUGUAGAAUGCCGGCGCUCCGGCUUCUGGGGCGUAAAUGGCUGGCUGCCUCAGAUGAUCUUGUAUUUCCGAGUAUUUUCGAACUUCUUUUCCGUUUCGUCUGGUUAGUACUCAUCGCUUUAGUUGUCGAAGUCCUGUACCCCAUAACAUGGCAAUGCCAUACGGAUGGCUGGCACGGCGGGGCCUUCGUCCGACUCUACUUGUGCGGCACAUUGGCGCUGCAGGCUUGUCUAAUGUUGCUGCUCGCGGCACUGGCGCAGCAGUCCGCCAGAGGCACUAUUACAGAAACGGACGCCAGAAAACUUGUGUCACCUUUACUAUUACUUAAAGUAUUCCUGGUGUUACCGGAGGUGGCGUUAAAUGUAAUGGGAACCAUGUGGAUGUUCUGUGAAGUCAUAGAGUGUUCCGUAACGGAUAAGUUUUCUAGUAUCGUUAUACAAAGUAUAGUACUUUUUAAUUGGGUUCAAUUGGCACUAACGGUGUUUGGAUUAUUCAUGGUGUUCGACCCGCUGGGUUCAGUAAACUAUGGGGACAUGCAGGAUACGCCCAACCAGGUGCGGCACCAUAGAAAAGUGACCGGGCUUUGGUCUCGACGGUUUAGGUGGGCUUUUUGUUGGCUGAAGAGAGACGAACACGGCAAGGAAGCGUUUCAGCAAGUUGCAGCACUCCUCAGCGCUUUGUUCCGAUCUACGGAUCUGGUGCCCUCUGACGUUGUCGCUGGCUGCGUCCUCCUCCGAGUGCGUCAGAAACGUGAAACGAGAGAGAUGCGUCGUAUACAAAUGUUAAACGACGAAGAACCAAUUUACACGACUGACGUCAACAAAGUAUUCUCCGAAACACCGCCCUGGAUGAAUUUAGAUGAUGCGUUACACUAUUUGAGGUUAUCGAUUGCUGCUUACGGGUGGCCAUACGUGUUGUACCGACAUUGUCUCACCGGCUUCUGUAAAUUGGCACGGCAUUUGACCUGCUGUUGUUGUCGGCCAAAGAACUCCAUAGUGACGGACGACAAUUGCUGCCUCUGCCACUUUGCCGGAGUCAAAUAUAUGUCCAAGCUCUCCGCGGAUGAUAUCAUCUUUGCCUCUUUCAACAAUCGCGUCUUUGAAUUGCCAUUCUGUGUGAUAUCGGACCACGAUAGAGAGAGUAUAGUGGUGGCAGUGCGGGGAUCCAUAUCUUUGAGAGACAUCUUUACGGAUUUUACGGCCGGAUCUGAAAAGUUUGAGGCUGACGGAUUGCCAGAAGAUACGGCAGCACACAAGGGAAUGUCUAUGGGAGCAGCUAAAAUGCUAAGACGCCUCCUCCCUGUUCUCGACAGAGCGUUCGCACAGUUCCCGCAUUAUGAUUUAGUUUUAACAGGUCACAGCCUUGGUGCGGGAGUAGCAGUAUUAGUCGCAUUAAAAUUAAGACCAAAAUACCCACACCUCAAAGUGUUUGCAUUUUCAACACCAGCGGGAUUAAUAAGUCGUGAAGCGGCAAGAUUUACAGAGAGUUUCGUUAUGACGAUCGGAGUAGGAGAUGAUUUAGUGAUGAGGCUCAGUGUUCACAGCAUAGAAAACCUGAGAACAAAAGUAAUACAGACGAUACACGCUACUAAACUGCCAAAGUACCGAAUAAUGCUGAACGGGUUCGGCUACGCGCUGUUCGGCGUGCCGGCGCGCGAUCUGGAGUCCACGUGGCGCCGGCCCGAGGACCUGGAGGCGAACAACUCUGACGACUCCGACGCGCUGCUCGUACAGGGCGUGUCCACCGUGAGUGCUGAGGCAGCGCUAGUUUCGAGGAACGUGUUCGCGCGUCGGUUUUCCUCUGCGCGGCUUUUCACUCCCGGCAGGAUCCUACACAUCGCACGUCGAAAGCGCAUGGGAAUUGAAAACAAUGAAGCCGAUGAAGAAGGGAAAGUGCGCACGCAAGAACCGACGUAUGAGAUGAGAUGGGCGUGUCCUGAGGACUUUAUGGAAUUACAAGUAAUGCCUAGGAUGCUCUUAGAUCACCUGCCAGAGAACGUACAUCGCACCAUACAAACAAUAAUUGAGGAAAAACAUUCGUAUCGCGUCACUCAGGUCGUCUAGACCUGCAACUAUGCUGGAAUUUUGACUGCUUUGAAUAGAAGCGAAACUGUAAGAUAUAUUCUGUAAGAAUCAAAUAUGAAAAGGAUCCUUGAAUUCGAUGGCGAAAUGUGUUAUAAUCAAACUUCGUUUACGAAUAUAAAUUUAUAAAAACAAAUACGAUAUAUAAAAAAACAUAAACAAUACAUAUCAAUAUAAAUAAAUCAGAUAUUUCAUUCUAUAUUCGAAUUUGACUACUUUUAGAGCUUCAAGUUCUUACAGAAUAGCUUUACAGGUGACAUAAAGUUAUUUAUGUGCUUAAAAGACUUAGUGUCCAAAAUGUUCUAUGGGUUUCAUCAAGGAUAAAAGUGAUAUAGACUAUAUAGUAUCGAUUGUGCAAUUGUGUUUGUUUUUUUGACAGUCUCAUUCAAAUAGAUAAAUCGUUAAAACGUUCAGAAAAAUAUUAUACUGAAUACAGUUCAAAUGGUAUCACGUAACGCUAUUCCUAAGUUAUUCUGUUGUGCAAUUAAUGUUACUUAGUACAUUUUUUUACUGAACUAGUGUUCUUAACACUUCAUCUUCGCAUCGUUUGUGUACUCGUUCAUUGCUUUAAAUUCAACUGCCGCACACACUUGCCAUCUCAUUAAAAACGGCCUUACUUUUAAACGUUUUUAGUUAAACAAUGAUUUACCUUUUUCUAUAAUAAUUGAUUUGACAAUUGAAGGAAGAAGACAUAACAUCGUUUAAUUAUUCACCUCUAAACAACAUUUAUAAAUCCGAUAAAUUCCAAUUUGUAUAUCUUUUUAUCUAUGAUCAAAUAAUUGUAAAUUGUGUGUUUUAGUAUUAAGGUAGUUAACUAUCUUCAAUUUAUAAUUCCUGACUUUGAAUAAUAUGAUAUAAAUAAAAUUUAAUGUCACGUUCUCUUAGCUAAAACAUUAGAUGAGAAAUGUAUAUAACAUGUAGAAACAGUCAUUUAUAUAUUUAUUUACUAUGAUUUUUCCCCCAUAAUACUAAAUAGAACUAAGAUGACAUGAGUUAGCUAAAUACGAAAUAUUAAUCCAACAAAAUGUUAUUUUUUUUACAUAAUUCUGUAAAUAUAAUCUUAAGUAAAUAGUGAACAUAUACAUAGUUUUUAAGUUAUAAAAACUGAGAAUGGCAUUCGUAGGAGGUGUAAUGUGAGAAGACUGUGAUGACGUUAGUUUGAAAAGAUAAAAUAUAUAAGAAUAUAUUAUAUUUUGGAGUAAAAAAUUAGUAUUGAUUCAACAGGCUUACGAUUUUGCAUAUAAUUGUAUAUAGGCUUUUUAUAUAUAAGGGUACGGUCAAACGUUAAAAACGUUCUGACAUAUUUAAGUGUUGGAUUUUUCGAUAUUAUAUUCAUUUCAUAAAAACAAAAUCGUUGGUUGCUUUAAGUGGAGUUGAAAACUCAAAGUUGAUUUGCUCAAUUGAGAAAAGCAAUUUAUUUUCAAAAACAUUUUGAAUUCGCGUAUUAUUAUUGUGUGCGUAAUGUUAAGACUCGCGAAGCUACCAUACCACUUAGUACAAUAACUAGAUGAAGUAGGAUACUGUGUUACCGGUGUCAAUUACGUAGAAAAUACAAAAUACUUUUAUUUUACUCUCUGUUAGUAUGUAACUACAAAGUAUUUGGAGAUAUUUCUUGCAUAUUGUUUUCAUAAUAGUGUAUAAAUGAACUGUUAAUAUUAGUUUAAUAAUUGCACCUAUUAGGCAUUUUAUCUAGGGUAUAAAAUAUUUUUAUUCUAAUUUUGAACACAGCUAAUGUAAAUAUAUUAAGUAGCCCACAUUUAAAAAGCUUGCCAACAUUGGAUCCAAUUUAUACUACACCAAUUAUUAUCUACUUAAUAUUAUAAACUUCGGGAACAAAUUGAGCGAACUUGAUAAAUAAUUAAACAAUAUAUAUCUCGACUCUAGCAUAAACGUGAACGUACGUUACAGCAUUUACCUCGUAUAUAAUAUAGAGUAAACUAUAUACAUUCCAAUUUCCGUAAAGAUAACUCAGUCCUAUUUUCUUAUAUCUGUCCGGCUACACGCGACGAUUCCCAAUAUACAUAGUAGCUUUAGUAAGCCUUCAGAAACUUUAAGUUAUUUUAAUCAUUUUGACCUAGAACUGAUGAUACAAUUGAUGUACUCUAGUCAUAUUUCGGCCACAAUGUCUAUUCUCAAGUUCACGAUUCAACGAUUCAAUUAUUAUAGUGAACAAGUGUGAGUAAGCCUUGAUACACUUUCUACGGGAUGAGACGGCAAAUCCAACACAAACGGAAAGAGUUCAGUCCAACUUUCAGACUCCGGGCUGUUAAUAAGAUUUUUUAAGCAGAAUAUCCCAAUAAAUUUUUAUCGGCCUGACCUUUUUAUUGUUUUAAACCAACGAGACAGUCAAGAUUCAACUAAUUGGUAUCUACUUGGAUCCAAGACGAUCCAAAUAUUCGACUCUCCCAGUAAAUCCCUAUCCAAUAAAACAAUUAUUGGUUUUUAAUAAUAUAACAAUAUUAUGAAAAAUAUUCUUUUUUGAGAAUUUAUUUCAUGGGCUCUCGAGUCCUAGAAUAAUAUUACCCAAGAUCUGUCUAAAUUAAAGUCACCUGCAAACCAAUUCUACUAACAAAUUGUCACUUUAUCGCAAUCGAAUCGAAGCGUAAUCGUUGCCGUGUAACCGUUUUCCUAAUAUUGAAUUCAAAUAUCGACUAUUGGCAUAAAUUAUGGUUUUAACAUAACGGUUCACAUUUUAACAUCAUAUCGGUCCUGUUCCGAUCCGAAUAAAUACAGAAUAGUCUAAGUUGGAUCGGUAUUGAGUCGGGAACGUAUCAUAAUAGAUUUGUCCGUAUGUUUAUAAUUUUAUUAUAUACAAUAAUUUCAAAAUAAUAGUCGUGUAGCUGGACGGUAAGUUACUUUGCUUGGACAACCUUAUGUAGUGCCUUAGUGGUUGCAGAUUAAAGAAUGUUACUUAGUAUUUCUUAAUUUAUUUUAAAUUUAUCUUAACAAUAUGACAGAUUGUUCACUUAAAAAUUGUUACUUAUUUUUUUUUUACAAACAAAGUAUAAAAUACUCAGAUGAAAUUUGUAUAUUUUUUUUACUGAAAUGUUGCAUCAUUUAAUUUAUUGUAUUUAUUUAAAUCAUUGUAUACGUAUUUUUAUAAUGCAGUAUAAUUUAUACUGGAAAUAAUAUUUAAAAUAAAACUAUUUAUUAAUUCAUCAAUGACAAUAUUUUAUCACUGGACUGGUGCGAAUCUCAUAUUUUCUUUAUAUUGUUAAAUGUAACAUUUGAAAUUUUAUAUAUAGAAGGAUUUCUCUAUGAAACUGUUUAUAAUAUUACUAUAAAAUUGUGUUACUUAACUUUGUAUGUUCGAGUAUUAGAAGGACUGAGGUUCUUUCCACUUGUACCCUAAAUUAGGGCUUUAUAUUCUGUCUCUUUAUGAUGAUGUAGCCAAUAUUUUGUGUUGGGUUUAUCUUAUUUAUAAUACAAUAUAUUUUAAGUA